AUGACUACUAGAUCACAAAAGAAAUCAAACUCUACAUCAAAAUCGUUAUUUGAAAAUAGCAGUUUCAGCAUUAUUACACUUCCUCAUCCAGCUAAUGGAAAUUUAUCGAAGUAUUGCUUAGAUAAUGUUCACAACAAAAUCUUUGAAGUGAUGACAUUCAGUGAACCAUAUAGAUCAUGGUUUAUUGGCGACUUUGUUAAAUCUGACGGGAGUAUUUUAAUGAUUACUCCGAUAAAUCCAUUAUUUUUAGUUCUCCCUAGAUUAAAGGAACAAUGUCUCAACAGAGCUGUACCAUUAAAUGAUUUAUUAUCAGAAAAGGGGUUUGAUAAAAUUAUUGACUUUGUUAAGAACAUGGACAAUAUCGGAGAUUUAAAGGGUCCAGCAGAAAUGAAAGCCUACAAAUAUAAUGAGGAAAAAACAUUAAACUGGUUAGAAGAAAGGAUUCAUAAAGUUGCAAAAGUUUUAAAUGAAAAAAAUGUCCAUGUAGUAUCUGGAGCAGUUUCAUCUACUUUUGUGUCCAGUAACCUAAACAAUGAUAGCAUAGACGAAGAGUUUUAUCUAAAAUAUGCUCAUGGUAUUAUAUCUGAGUACCUUCAAGAGGACUUAGUUGAAAAACUAGAAAAACGAUUCAACUUUAAACCAGAAAUUAUUGAGACUGUUGGAAAGAAGAGAAAGUCUGAAGUAGAUCUAAAUAACUCAAAUAAAAAAGCUAAAAAUGAAUCCACAUGUGAAGAUUUUAAUGAUGUGAAAGCUGGUGUUCUGUUAAAUGGAUCCUCUGAGACCAAAAAGAAGCCAACAGCUAAAGAAAAAGCUAGACAAAAGGCUGCAAGUGGAACAAAAACAAUAUCUUCAUUUUUCACAAAAAAAUAAAUGGCCU